CGCUUUCCAGAGAUGGAUUAUUUUACUUUCCUCGUGGCUCUUCUUCAUCUACACAAAGCUCUCGGUGAAGAGAUAUUUUGGAACACAAGAGUGAAACUUGCAGAGACUCUGACUCUCGAGUGUCAGUAUCCAUUUUUGGACACCUUAGUCCAGAUGGAGUGGUUCAAGAUCGACGGAAUGGAGAAAGAGUCCAUAGCCAUUUUUCACCCUAACUUUGGUUCGGUCAUAAGGGAGCCCUAUGCUGGUAGGGUUUACUUCUUGAAGUCAACCUCGGAUCCCAACGAUAUGAUGCUGGCCUUUCACAAUGCCUCUGAGGCUGAUGUUGGCUCCUAUUCCUGCCUUCUUGAAAUAUUCCCAUAUGGAUCUUGGGAAAAGGUGAUACAGGUAGUUCCACCAGAUAGUUUUGAGAUAGCUGUGCCAUUGAAUAGCCAUGUGGUCUCAGAACCUGGAGAAAACAUCACAUUCAUGUACGAACUUCAAAUGAAGGGUCCCAUGCAACAAGUCACAUGGGAAAAGAUCCAGUCCCAUCAGAUCGACCUCCUAAUCAGAUGCAACUUGUCCCAAGGGAAAAGCUCCCCCUCAAGGUUUGGGAGAGAAAUACUGAGCAACUGUAGCCAGGGGAUGAGAAGGAGCUUUAUCCUCAUGCCCCACGUCAUGGCCUCUGACUCCGGACUUUACCGCUGUUGCUUCAAGGCCAGCACAGGAGAAAAUGAAACCUUUGUGGUAAGGUUGACCGUAACUGAUGGUAAAAAAGACAACCAAUAUGUCUUCUGGAUGGUUGUAGGGGCAGUUUUAUCGUCGCUGUUUGUUAUCCUAAUUGCCACUGUCAUUGUCAUUCUGUAUAUCAGGAAGAGAAGGAGACAGAAAAGUGUCCAAGGUAAAGAGUCCCAGGCCACACAGAAUAAGGCAUCCAACAACUACAGAAGUUCCUUCUCCAUCAGCCAACCAUCAGAUGGUGCAGGAGAGGACAUUUAUGUCAACUACCCAACCUUCUCUCGGAGACCGAAGACUAGAGCCUAAGCUUUUCCGUUGAUCUGAUCAAAUUUAUGAUGACUGCUAAAUCCAUAGAUCGUUAUAUAGUUUCUUCCCACUAUUCAGUGGCUACUGUGGA